AUGAUUACAUGUAGGCAGCACUAUUCUUUGGGCUUUACUGUCAGAACAGUAAUUCACUCACUGGAUUCACAAAUUCUGACCACACCACCUCGUCAACAUCCUGUAAACACACCCCAGACUUUAUCCUCUGCUGCUGAAGCUCCCCCUACUGCACCCACCCUCACUGCAGCUCCCUGUGUUGCAGUGACUGCAACUCUCCAGAAUCCUCACAGAAAUCAAUGGCCUGCCACAAGGCUUCAAGGCAGUACAGCUCAUAGGGCUGGUCCAAGCCAUGCAGCAGACAAUGGCAAGCUCAUUGAUGUUGAUGUUAUUGAUGAUGUCAAUGAAGAAGAGGAUGGUGACCUACUCACCCCAGUAGAAGUGUUACGCUUGCCCCUAUUCAUUUUCCUCAUUUUCCUUUUGGCAGAGCCUAUGUACACCCUGGACAUACAGAAAGAAGAUCCAUCAUAUAAUAUUGCUGAAUACAGCUCAUCGACUACCACAGGCACUCUUCACAGGUAUCUGCUCAAAAUUCACCUGCAUGUUUAUAUAACUGCAAUUGAGCAACACAAUCUAAAAGUUGAGGCAAAAGAAGUUUGGGAUCUUCUUGAUAGAGGGUGGACUCUCACACAGAUAGGUCAAGAGCUUGACCAGUACCUGGACAAGCUUCUUGAGUCAUUUUGUCCCCCCCCCAGUGGUGGAGGUCUUGCUUCACAGCCCAGGGUAGGGGUGUUAGCACUUGCAGAUGAGAUGCCAGAUUUUACUAUUGAGGAAAUGCAUAGACAACUCAUCAAAUUCAUUGUGGUCAACAACCAGGUGAUGAAUAAAGACCUAUGGGAGUGUGACAUUCCUCAUCAGAUGAAACUACACAAACUGAUAGUAGAAACAUGGUAUCAAUAUUUUGAUGUUUUAAAGCAAGAUCUGGCUAAAGCAGAGGGAAAGAUAUUGUUUACUUCUGAUCUCUGGUCAGAUGAAAAUCACCAUCUGUUCAUUGCAUUGAUAGCUCACUGGAUUGCCCAACAUGGGUCAAAGCUCAUUCUUGAGGCUGGACUUCUGGCUUUUAGCCAUAUUCCUGGUUCUUAUGAUGGAGUGUCACUCGCUGUAGUUAUAUUAGGGCUUCUGGAUUGUGCAGAAGUGACAGACAAGUCAUUUCACUUUGGAUAA